AUGGACGGAUAUGCAUCUGAACACUCACGUGGACAGAACGUGUAUUGGGUUGUGGUCUCCCAUACCCAAGUCACGAGAGAGAGAUCUGCCGGCCAAGGCACCAGGGAUGAGUAUCUGGUCAAUGCAAACGCGUUAGAUACGCUUACAGUAUCCAUUGGAGAGUGUCACAUCAUCCGAGUAAUCACACAUUGGUCAUCACUACAAUCCACAGCUCACGAGAUAGCACCUCUACAAUACACAACUCAUUCACACGAUGUUGUCUCUGCAUUCCAGCCGGAGAUACCACCCGUGCUAUCGGUUAAGCCAGAGACCAGCGAAGACCUGACCAAUGCACAAACGCUGGCCAUGCACAUGACGGACACCGAGAAAGAACGUGCUGUGCAACAAGGUCAUAUGCAGGAGGUUAGCGAUGAACUGUGUGUAGGGUUCUGGAAACAGACACGUUUGAUGCGCAUGGAGGGCUUGCCUGGAGAAUGUAUCGGCGUGAGUAUAGUCGAAGUCGAGAAGGAGAAGGACUACUACAGCACCAAUUACUGCCCUGUGAUUGGGGUGUCAGUCCUUCGCAUGGACGCCCCUGCCGACGCCCAAAGACCUGAAGUCUCAUU